UGUUCGCGGCUUCCUCCUUCAGCUUGUGGGAACCGUCAUAUUACUGAUAGUUAGUUAAUAAGUUAGCGUUGGGUCGACACCCAAGUGACAGGGACCUGGUUCUUGUUUAUCGUCUGCUCGGAAAAUGGGGGCUUGUAUGGCGUUAUGUUCACUAGCGAGCUGCGCAUCAUGUUUGUGUGGCUCUGCUCCAUGUAUUCUCUGUGGGUGCUGUCCAUCAUCCAACAACUCUACGGUCACGCGUCUGAUCUUCUCCUUCUUCCUGUUACUGGGCACUCUCGUGUCUAUAAUUAUGAUACUGCCUGGCAUGGAGACUCAGCUUCGUAAGAUUCCUGGCUUCUGUCAAGGUGGGAGUACUAUACCAGGAAUCGAGAACCAGUUUAACUGUGAUGUGAUUGUGGGCUACAAAUCUGUGUACCGCAUGUGCUUUGCCAUGGCCUGUUUCUUCUUCCUCUUUGCUGCCCUCAUGAUUCGUGUAAGGUCCAGCAAAGAUCCUCGGGCUGCUAUUCAGAAUGGAUUCUGGUUUUUCAAGUUCCUAAUCUUGGUGGGGAUCACUGUUGGAGCCUUCUUUAUCCCUGAUGGAACAUUUCAUAAUGUUUGGUUCUACUUUGGCAUUGUGGGCUCCUUCAUGUUCAUCCUCAUCCAGCUGAUUCUGCUGAUCGACUUUGCCCACUCGUGGAAUGAGGUGUGGGUGAGGAACGCCGAGGAGGGUAACAGCAAAGGCUGGUUUUUCGGUAAGGGUCUCCUGUUCUUUACCAUCCUGCACUAUGUCCUGGCUUUUGCUGCCGUGGUGCUUUUCUAUCUGUACUAUACCAAACCUGACAGCUGCACCGAGCACAAGGUCUUCAUCAGUCUCAACCUCAUCUUCUGUGUCAUCGUCUCAGUGGUGUCCAUUCUGCCCAAAGUACAGGAUGUGUCUCCACAGUCUGGUCUGCUCCAGUCAUCCCUCAUCAGUUUGUACACCAUGUACGUCACCUGGUCUGCCAUGACCAACAACCCUAAUCGGGAGUGUAACCCAAGCCUGCUAAGCCUGGUGUCCAAUGUGAACGUCAGCACUACACUGCCAACACCAACCAGUGCCCCAGGUGUCGUGCAGUGGUGGGAUGCCCAGGGCAUAGUGGGACUCGUCAUUUUCCUCUUUUGCACUUUUUAUGCCAGUAUCCGCACAUCCAGUAAUGCUCAGGUGAACAAGCUGAUGCAAACCGAGGAGGGUCGCGGCUCAGAUACGGAGGGACCGGUGGGAGAAGACGGCCUGCGGCGAGUGGUGGAUAACGAGGAGGACGGAGUCACUUAUAGUUACUCAUUCUUUCACUUUCACCUCUUCCUGGCCUCACUCUACAUCAUGAUGACUCUCACCAACUGGUACAAACCUGACACUACCACCCAGGCCAUGCAGAGCAGCAUGCCUGCAGUGUGGGUGAAGAUCUGCUCCAGCUGGUUGGGCCUGGCUCUCUACCUUUGGACCCUUCUGGCUCCAAUCCUACUCCCUAACCGAGAUUUCAGCUGAGCCAUCCUUCUUCCUUACAUGGGGAUGCGUGUGUGCAUGUAUAUGAGAGUGGAGUGUGUUACUUCUCUUCUUAAUAGUCGCUGUCAACAUAGGAAAUGUAUUAUAGGAUAAAUGGUCAAAGUAUGUGCUGUUCAUUUAUUUGUCUCCCAACAACUCUACACUAACUUGUUAUUUUCAGAUUUCAUUAUGACUUUUGAGUGAUGCAUUUCUUGAAUUCUCUUUACCGGUGCAAUUUUAUCCUCGUAUCUUUAUAUACUUGCUAUUUGUAUUAACCUUAAAGGGUCAACUGAGGCAUAAGCGGUACUGUUCGACGGUCAAUUUCCUUUAGUGAUCUAGCCACGAAUGAGAGUCUGCAUGUUACUGCUGCUACAAACCUUCUCUACCUAAAGUGAAUACACUCUUUACCGGAGGUUCCUUUCUCUGUCGGGGUUGAAUAUUUCAUACUAGUCAAGCACUUUGUCCUGAAGCAAUUUCAGCAUGGAUGAGAGCAUGUGAUCCUGAACUUGCUGAUGGCCAUGGGGCUGUCAGAAAGGGGUUGUUUAUUUCCAGCCCUUACUGGAGCCCCAUGGAGGCAGUGUGUGGGAGAGAUAAGCACACCCUACACUGUUGCAACACAUGCUGCAUCACUCUUGCUCAGAACUGUAACAUUAAACACUGAUCGGUAUUGCAAACACGGUGACAAUAUUUGGUGCUUUUUUUUUCACCGUGUUGCUGUAAAUGUUAGACGGAUAAGCAAACGUAUCAAACCAGAACUGCUGUAUAGUGUCAUGCAAUAAUUUACACAUCAUAUCAGUGCUGGGGAGGCCCUGUUUCUAGUAGACUGUAGUGGUCGAGUUUAACAUUUCUCAUAAAAUAUAAAACUAUGCAUGCUCAAAAGUAUGUCACUUCUAGAUCCAAGGUUUCAUUGUCGAUAGCAAUUAUACAAGAUGCUCUAAUGUUUUAAUUCCAGGAGUAGUACUUGGUGGUACAAAUGCAUCGAUUUGCUGUGCAGUUGAUGCAGGGAGUCUUUUUUUUGUUUUUUUAUUAAUUUCUUCCUUAUUGCUUUUGAUAUUGUGAAUUGGGUGUGUGGAUGGUUUUUUUGUUUUUCUUUGGUGAUACAUUUCCUUUUCAAAAAUGUACAUUAUUUUUUAAUCAUUAAUUAUGGAAAGUCCUUUGCAUCUUAACAUGCUGUACUAUGUGAAGUACAUUGCCACAUUUUCAUUUUAAAUAUUCUAGAUUUCCAGUAAAUGAAGGUUGAAUUAGUAGAGUAUGCUAUGAACUCAUUUUUAACUUCAAGGUGUUAUUAUAUAUAUAUUUUUUUUUACAUGAGUAUUGUAAACAGUGAGAUGUAUUGCUUGCAGUUAGAACUGUCUUCAUGGUUGCAUUGGGAAAAAAAUGUAAGAUUAAUAAAUAAGCACAUAAAUGCAUCUGGUUUAUUAUGCCCAGUGUAACCAAUUAACACGAGCGUCCUAGUGCACUCAUGGUAUUGAUUUGGAAGCAACCUGUAAGGUUUUCAGUGGUAUUGCAACACUUAUAGUGCCUUAAUUGAUAACCUGGCUUAUCAACAACGUCCAGGCCUGGACUCCGUCCUGAAGACAACUAGUGCCUUGCUUGAUUUAUACCAUCCAAAAGGAACAGUUCUGGCAUUGCACAUUGUUCAAGCAUAGUGAUUUAUUGUAGUUAGAUCUGCAUGUGGGAAAUGUAAAUACUUCAAUAAAAACCUCUCUACAGCUAA